AUGGAAAUUUCCGAACCCAGCAUUGGUAUAUUCUAUGUUAGCAAACUUCUAGCCCUUGCACCUUAUUCCGCCCAAAAGAAUUCCAAGGGUCAAAUGGAGAUCCGACGAAGUUGGAUCUUCACAACUUAUUCAGUCAGCUUGUGUGUGAUAAUGGUUUUUCUCACAUAUCGCGGUCUGCUCUUUGACGCAAACUCUAAGAUACCAGUUCGAAUGAAAUCGGCAACAUCGAAAGUAGUGACCGCAUCGGAUGUAUCGGUUGUUGUGCUGGCCAUCGUAGCAGGUGUUUACUGCGGCCUGUUUGGACUGCGUGCCACACAGGAGCUGAACACGCGACUGCAUCGGAUCGAUAGUACGCUCAGCGCCUAUAACAAUUCUAGGCGGGAUCGAUGGCGUGCCUUUGGAAUGGCCAGCAUAUCCCUUAUAGUCAUUGGAGUACUUCUUGGCCUGGAUGUGUGGACUUGGGUGCGCAUGGCCCAACAAAUGAAUAUCGAUAAAUCGAAUACUGAUCUGAACGUACAGUGGUACAUUCCCUUCUAUAGUCUCUAUUUUAUAUUGACUGGACUCCACGUGAAUUUCGCGAAUACCGCCUAUGGCUUGGGUAGACGCUAUAGGCGUCUCAAUCUGAUGCUUCGCUCCAGCUAUCUGAGUGAUAAGACAUACAAGAAUUCAUCCAAUCUGAUCAAGGUGAGUGCUGUCAAGACGAUUAGUUUCAAUCCAAUGAUGCCCACGGCUUUGCACGCCAGUUUAACCAAGUUAAAUAGCGAGUUGAUUGCACACGAAUCGGCAGCCAAGAGCAAGAGUCUUGUUUUGAGAGAAAUGGCCGACAAUCACGAAUCCUUAUGUAAAUGUGUACGCCUGCUGUCCGGCUGCUAUGGCAUUGCUGUGCUCUUUAUUCUCGUCUCGUGUCUGCUGCACUUGGUGGCCACCGCUUACUUUCUGUUCCUGGAGAUGCUCAACAAGCGGGACAAUGGUUAUGUCUGGGUGCAAAUGCUCUGGAUUAUCUUUCACUUUCUGCGCCUGCUCAUGGUCGUGGAGCCAUGUCAUCUCGUUGCGCGCGAAUCUCGCAAAACAAUUCAAAUUGUCUGCGAAAUUGAGCGCAAAGUUUUUGAGCCUAUUUUGGCCGAGGAGACCAAAAGGUUUUGGCAGCAAUUGCUCGUUGUGGAUGCCGAUUUCUCGGCCAGUGGACUGUGUCGUGUUAAUCGCACAAUUCUGACAUCGUUUGCCUCGGCCAUAGCCACCUAUCUGGUCAUACUUAUUCAAUUUCAAAAGACGAACGGUUGAAACUCGACACAAUUGGAGCAUGUAGUUUAAGGUAUACAAUAGGUUGCUUUUAUCUACACCAGGGGUCAAAUCGAAACAAAUUUAGGAUACGUUGUCGGUUCCGGUACAUCCCGAAAUAACUAUUUCGGUAAAAGGUUCUAUUUUAGUU